AUGGCGGCUCUUACAGACGAACAGAUCCGUGAGGCAUUCAACCUCUUUGAUGCCGACGGCUCAGGCGCCAUUGAUGCGGAGGAGAUGGCGCUGGCGAUGAAGGGGCUCGGGUUUGGCGACCUGCCGCGCGACGAGGUGGAGCGUAUGAUCCGCACGAUGUCCACUGACUCAAAGGGGCUCAUUGGGUACGGCGAGUUUGAGCGCGUGGUGAAGUCGCGCAUGGCACAGAAGGACUCCCCGGAGGAGAUACUGAAGGCAUUUCAGCUGUUUGACCUCGACAAGAAGGGAAAGAUUUCGUUUGCCAACCUGAAGGAGGUGGCCAAACUCCUGGGCGAGAACCCUGGCGACGAUGUGCUGCAGGAGAUGAUCGCCGAGGCAGACGAGGACGGCGACGGCGAGGUCUCCUUUGAGGAGUUCAACAGUGUUAUGAUGCAGAUGCGGGGAAAGUAA